CGGACAGCGGGCAGGGCGACACCGCUACUUUAAUUCCGCAAUGGAAAGUUUGAAAGUGUCGCACUCGACGGCAAGUUUCGCUGAAAAAGAAAUGGUGAAAUAAUGCUGCGCAGACCCUUUAUACUCCACAAGAGCGUGGAGGAUGGGAACACGGACUCCGGAGCCGAAACUGCAGGAUCAGACUGCAGCAAAAUGUCUUGCAACAGCAUUGACCUCAUGACUCGUGAGCCCCUACCAGUUGCCAUGCACUUGCUUGCCAACCCAGGUGACUCUCUCCUCCUCCAGCACACCUUAGACCGCCUGCUUGAUUGGGUGUGUCCUGGCUUGCGCCUCUUCCACGUGUCCGAACGCGCCUGCCCGGUACGAGAGUACACCCAUGCUCACUUGUGUCCGUCAACCAGCUAUCCAUCUUUAGCCGUCACCUUUUUCCUUCACGAGUCCUACGGCGAAGAACGCAUCCUCCGGGUCCUUGACUUUCUCCAGCGCCCACCAUGGCAGUACCACCACUCUGAGGAUGGCCACGCCAACUCUGAUGGCACACUCAGACCAUACCUGCUGCCCGGACGGGAUUUCUACAGUCUUGGCCCGGGAAUGCCAUUGUGGGCCGUGCGUCCAGUGCAUUGCGGAGGUGAAGUGUUGCGCGUGACUCUGCACAGUGGGCAUGAGAAUUUCGAGGAUGCCGUGAGACUUUAUGAGACAGUGCUGCGCAUGAGAGCUGAGGAGCAGAAGGCUGGGUUUUGCUGGUUUUCUUUGCUGACGGAGAGGACUUUCAGUCUACAGCUAGCUCUCAAACAACUGGCGCCUGGUGUGCGGGUAGAGACAUGCCAUUCUGCUGUGUUGCAGUUCAAGGUGGGCGAGAUUGGCCAACUUGUGCCCCUGCUGCCCAACCCGUGCUCACCUAUCAGCGCCACCCGCUGGCAGACAGAGGACCUGGAUGGUAGCAAGAUCCUCUUUCAGGUUAAAGGAGUAACACAGCCACAGAGGCUCUUCACAUCAGCUUUUCCCCUUAGCUGCCCUCCUCCUCCUCCCAGAUCACUGCUAAGGUGCCCAGUUCCCAUCUCCGCCUCCCCUGGCACCAGGCAGUGCCAGCUUAAAGACCGUGCUCCGGGUAGCACCGCCGGGUCGCACAGAUUGACAGGAGGUGCCACAGAGAGCUUUGGCUCCAGCAGUGUUUGUAGUACUCCUCCUGGCAGCUCCUGCUACUCAUCCCAGUGCAGCAGCCCAGCUCUCCUGUCCAUCAAUCCUUUCGAGCCGGUCGUACCCUCUGGUGUAUCUGCGUCUCAUCUCGUGCUGCAGGAGGAAGAAGAGAAGGAGCCAGAGACAAACGUAGACACAGGCCGUGCUGUCAAUAUACACAGGCCUGCUCUGGACACACUAGCGAGAGAUUUGAGGAGCUGUCUGCCAGAAUUACAUAGGACGUGGGCUGGAUCGGAAAGAGAGAGACUGUCAGACCCCAUGGCAGGGCAGAGCCUUACACAAGAGCAAGAACAAGUCGAUGAGUUCUUUAUCUGAUUGAUCAGUGUAAAUGAUCAAUUUAAUUUGAGCUGUAUCAAUCUGAUACUAUAAGUAUCCUUAUCACGGCAAGCCUGGCUUGAAAUGAUGGAUCGAGAUACUGAAGUGCCUGGGCUAUCAAAAAUGGGGGGGAAAAUGGGAUUGCUGCACCCUUAAAUAUAAUGAAAUCAGUAUUUAUCAGCAAUUCCGAGGCUGCCUAUGGAAUCAGGAUCUUUAGUCUGUCCAGUUUGGAAUGAUUCGAUUUUAUUGCUCCAUUAUAUUGGGCAGUAUUGACGACAUUGUUACUUUUACUUUUUUCCUCUAAUUCUGUUUACUAAGACAGGAGCUGUAAACUGUCCUGCCUGAGGAAUAUGUUUAUAAAUACAGUAUAUAGUAAGGAGUAAGCAAAUUUAUUAUAAAUAAAGGUUGUUGAGUCUGAAGGUUUAGAGUCCCAACUGAUUUUGGUGAUUGUACCCUGCUUCAAGUCAAUUCUGAAAGCAAAGACACAACUAUAUAAGGUUGAUUUUUAGCUCCAGUCUUUGAACAGUUAUCAACCACAAUUGUCACUAUUCUUGACAAGCCGAAGAACUAAACACUUAUCUCAGAAAAACAAAAGUUAUUUUAGAAAAACUAAACACUAAUCUCUAAAAACACCUGCAUACUCUAGAUAAGCUUACAGUGUAAGCACGCCAACUAAAAGAUCACUAUAUCUUUAUUCGCUGUAUAUUUUUAAUCUUGUGGUGCAUCAGUGAACCUGUUAUUGCUAGUAAUAGCAGCUCUAAACCUGAUAUUACCUCACCAGCCCCUACUAGUCUGUUUUGAACUUAACAAGACAUAAAGAAACAUCUAAGACUUGUUAUAUAAUGUUAUAUAAAUGACUCAUUUCUCCUUAUGUGUUUCUUAUAAUAUUAUUAUAACAGAAUAAUUUUUUUAAAAGUCAGUUUAUUAUUAGAGUUAGAUUAUAUGAUGUGGAGUCUUUGUUACAUCAGAAUAAUCAUGUAUUCGAAAGAGCACAUUAAUUUAAUCUUGUGGUUUGCAGAGAAGGACAUGAAUUAUGUCUCAUACGAUAAUGCAGCAAUGCUGUGGUAUAAUGAAAACUGAAUGAAUCUUUUCUGUCUGUUUUUUUUUUUAUUUUGCAAAACACACACCUGCCUUUAGAAGAAUUUACCCCCGUAUUGUAUACAAUAACGAUCCUCAAGAUUCGCAGCAUUUAAUUGUACGCUAGCAAGUAACAUAAAAAAAUUAUUUAAAAUGUCCUGAAAUGCAUUUUAUGUUUAAUUUUUUUUUUUUUUAUUUGUGAAAUACUUUAAUACAUUUCAUUUUUACAUUGCUACUCUUUGUUAAAUUUAAACACCCAUUGCGAAUCAGAUGGGCCAGUAU